CAGUUUUGGAAGCCCUGGUACCUUGCACACCCCUGCGUCGUUGUCCCCACCCCUGUCCAUUCAGGACUGUCGGGGGCGUUCCUUUUAGAUGGCUGUUAGUCGCUAGUUCCAGCUGCGUCACUGUUAUCUGUCAUGCCAUAAUGUCAUGUCAAAGAGUAACAUUACUGUAGGCUACCUAGGUUAGAAGACACAGAAACAACAUUUGAAUCUCUGAACUGCGUCAUGCAAAAUUCAGAUUUGACUAACUGAAUGACUGAAUGUGCAGCUGAAAGGUUUUUUUUUUAAGUGCGCAACGCAAGUGUGAGAAAAAAAGUCCAACACAAACCCUGGUAGAAGGAAACAGAAGAAAAAAAAUUCAGCAAUACCGCCAGCGACCUGGUACUGAGGAUAAAGGCUGUUUAAGGACACCCCUGAAGUUCUGCUCGACUGUAACAAGGGUGGAGUCUUGUGAUCUGACUCGGGGCACUGAGGUGAUGGAGGAGGAGGCGUCUCGGAGGUGGCUAGAGGGGGGUUCUCUACCCUGGUAUGUAGCAGGUUCUCAGCUGCUGGGCGUGGCCAGUGUGGUGAUAACAGGCGUGUGGAUGGGCCACUACCGUGGCGGUUACGCCUGGGAUGGCUCCCGCCAAGAGUUUAACGUGCACCCUCUCUGCAUGGUGCUGGGCAUGAUCUUCCUCUAUGGAGACGCUAUUAUGGUGUUCCGUGCAUUUCGGAAUGAGGCCAAACGCAGUGUGAAGAUUCUUCAUGGUGUGCUGCACUUGUUAGCGCUUCUCAUAAGCAUCAUUGGGAUGGUGGCCGUGUUCCAGUACCAUGACGCUAGAAACAUCCCCCACAUGUACUCUCUCCACUCCUGGUGUGGAAUGCUCACUUUUGUCUUAUUUAUUGCACAGUGGCUCAUGGGAUUUAGCUUCUUCCUGUUUCCGGGGGCAACGGCGUGGCUGCGGAGGGCCUAUCUGCCUCUGCACGUGUUCUUCGGCCUGGCGCUGUUCGGACUUGCCGUCGCCACCUGCCUGCUCGGUAUCAUGGAGAAGCUGCUCUUAUCCAUCUCAGAAACCUACUCAGAGUUCGCUCCUGAGGGCGUCCUGGCCAACACCCUGGGCAUAGUGCUGCUUGCAUUCGGAGUGCUUGUAGGGUACGUGGUGACCCGCGACGAAUUCAAGCGGCCCCCUCACCCCGAAGAGGAAGCGCUGUCUGUGCACUUCAAGACCCUGACAGAUGGGGGCUCUGUUUCUCCUUGAUUGAUCCCUUUCCAUGCUGUUUUAAAGGGGGGUGGGGUGGGUAGAAGUGGUUUUGGAGAAUAGAUAACCACUAACUGCACGGUGAAUUCCACAGUGUUUAUUUAGAGAUGAGAAGACAAUCUGACUUUCCAUUAUUACUGCUAGAGGGUGCUAAACGCAUUUAUAAUAAUGCUGUUAUUGUCAUGGCCCACAGUGUUGUCUGCUUCUAAGUGAGUUUCCUCUGUGGGUGACCAUGUGAUUUACAGCCCUCCCUCCCAUGAAAAGGAAAUCAGUGUAUUGUUAGGGUACCUGGAUUCAGGCACUGACAUCAUCCAGGGGGUGGAAGAGGGAGAGGUUCAGAUUAAUCUGGGGAUUGUUGAUCACGUUACAUCCUAAUCCUAAUCUGAUGAAGAAGCCUAACCUAUCCAGAGAGCAGCUGAUAUUGGGGCCAUAUGUGUUUCAGAGUCAGCCACUGUAUAUGAGUAUCAGUUACUCCAGUCAGCCACUGUAUAUGAGUAUCAGUUACUCCAGUCAGCCACUGUAUUAGUUUCUCCAGUCAGCCACUGUAUAUGAGUAUUAGUUACUCCAGUCAGCCACUGUAUUAGUUACUCCAGUCAGCCACUGUAUUAGUUACUCCAGUCAGCCACUGUAUUAGUUACUCCAGUCAGCCACUGUAUAUGAGUAUCAGUUACUCCAGUCAGCCACUGUAUAUGAGUAUCAGUUACUCCAGUCAGCCAUUGUAUUAGUUACUCCAGUCAGCCACUGUAUAUGAGUAUCAGUUACUCCAGUCAGCCAUUGUAUUAGUUACUCUAGAGUCAGCCACUGUAUAUGAGUAUUAGUUACUUCAUUGGGGGUUCAAUACUUCUCUUGUUUCUUCAAUAAGGAGACACUGUGGGCAUCACUGUGCAGGAAUAAUGUGUUGGUUUACUCUUCCGGACAACCAGUUGUCAUGUAAGUGAAAGACACAAAACUCGUCUAGGAUCUGUAGCUUUUCUAGCGUCUCCCCUGAUUCUUCCCUGCUCUGUUUUGAGUCACAAUGCAUACCAGAACAGCCCUUGAAUCGCUGGUCCUCUCCCUGGUUUUCGUACAACGUAGGGCAUGAUUGGCCUCUAGAAUUGGUUUAUUAAGACCAGCAACACUUAACACUAAAUAUUUCUGUUGCACCAGAAUGGCAUGUGCCUUUAUAAACUCCAAAGUGCCAGAUUCUAUAUAUAGAACAGUUGCCAAACCAGACUAGAAAUGUGUUUAAAAAAAAAAAAAAUGUACCCACAUCCUUUCACGAUCAAAAUACUUAACAUUCCGUCCUACAGUGUCCGUCUGGUUCAGCUGGUUUAGUUUUACUAAAACAAACUUUAACCUUAAAGCCUAACCUUUAGAGAAGUGCCACAUCUAUGGUGUCGUUUUGAGUACAAAAUUAAGUUAUAAAGUAGAAAUGAGAUAAGUGUAAUGAUUUAAUAAUAAUGUUAGCAUACGUUUGAGGAAUGUACUGUAUAUCUUGCAAGUAACAGAACAGUAUGACUGACCCAGUAGCUUUGGCACUGGUCAAGUGUUUAUACAUUUGUCUUUGAAGCCAAAAGCCUGUGACUUGAAUAAUAUUAUUUGUUUUAAAAUGUGCAAAGGCCAGAGGCAUUUGCUGCUCUCUAGUUUCUAUCCACGUGUGUGGAAGGGAGACUGGACCCAGCUUUCGGCGAUCAGUGUAUCUUAACUGCCUUUACAGAACAUGGAACAUUCUGGAUGUUUUAAGAGAUUACAGUGAUCUGUCAACCAGUACUGGUGCCAAAACCUUUUUGUGUUGAAAAUGUCCUGUCCUCUCCAGCCUUCUAAAUACACAUCUCAUCUGUCAUUUAUUUCAAAUUAGUGUAAAUCUUUCGGGAUGAAAAUGUUUUUGGCCUUAGUGUGUCCAGUUCUUUUUAUCUUCAGAACUUGGAAAAGAACCAACCAACCAACAGUGUCUAUGUGCAUUAAUGUUCAUGUUUACAGUACUCUUUGACACUUCUGUCUAUGUAGUAAGUGAGGCUUGUGACCAGAAUGAAUGUUGCAAAUUCACUCCUAACAUUAGUGUUGUGUGUAAUUGUGUAAUGAUUUAAGUGUAGAAUGAAGACCAAACAAUAAUCAAACUCAUAGGCAACCAAA